AUGAGAUUCUUAGUUCUUCUUGUCUAUUGGAUUCGUUUUAUUAAUUGUUUAACUUAUCGUGAUGAAAUUCUCGUUUCAUCAAAAGAUGUUGAUGAAGUGUCUGAUGAAAAUCUAAAUUCAUAUAAUCCACUCGUCCUAUGUGAUUUUCUUCCAUCUGAUUAUUAUGAAUGUGAGUCAAUUGAAGAUAUUCCCGAAAAUGAAACACGAUCAUGUCAAAAAAAAAAUGGUCGAAGAUUUGGCGGAGAGAAAUAUUCCGAAGUUGAACACACUUGGGUUCGUUGUCGAAUUUACGAUGGAAUUCAUUGUAAAGGAAAUCGAACAUUUAUUCUUGACAAUAUUCCGUGUAUUAAAUAUUCAUCACAUUAUUUUCUUUCCACUUUAUUUUAUUCAAUUUUUUUGGGUUUAUUUGCUGUUGAUCGAUUUGCACUUGGUCAUAUCGGAAUUGCGGUGGGAAAAAUGAUCACACUUGGUGGUUUAGGACUUUGGUGGAUUGUUGAUAUUAUUCUCCUUAUUUCAGGGAAACUGAUGCCACAAGAUGAUUCGAAUUGGAUUGUUCAACAUUGA